GAAAGAAACGCCGAAGAAAAGACGGCGUCGCGCGCAUCUCAUUCCACUCUGUCCGCGACACAAGAAAAUCAAGAUGGCGCUCCUCUGUUUGCGGAUACCUUUGCGGUGGAUAUAAAUACGUUCUGAAAAAAAGAGUGUGUUUGGGGGGAAGUUCGCUAAGGAGAAGAUAAAAUCGUGUCGUACGUCGAGAGGCGGCCUGUUCGUCGUCGUCGAGUGGUUCACGUUAUUUUAAACGUCGAUCGAAAGAAAGAAAAAAAUCGUAGAAAGACGGAGGAGGAGAGAAGGCUAGGAAGGCGAAAGAGAAUCGUCAUCGAGAAUCGUCGUCCUUCCUCUCCUCUCCGUCGUUGUUUUUGUUAUCAUCGUCGUCAUCGUUGUCGUUGUCGUUGUCGUUGUCGUUCUCGUCGUCGUCGUCGUCGUCGUUGUUGUUGUUGUUGUUAUCGUUGUCUACGUUGUUCGUAUUCGUUGUCGUCGCAAUAGUCAGCUACAGCGGCGCCGGUGCUGCCGACAAUAUCGUCGCGGCACUUUGGGGAAGAGAGAUCGAAGGUGUGCGUUCACUGCGGCGGCCACCUGAGGAAUGUUGGCGGAUCGGCGUUUUCGAGUCGUUCGUCGUCGGAGAGUCGGAAACUAAUCGUUGAACGUUUGAAAUAAUUCGAAGGAAGGACGGAGGAAAGUAAGGAGAGAAAAGCGUGCGCGUAAUUGGCGCUAUAGGUUACGACGGUGGUCUGUCCUAUACGAGAGCGUAUAGGGACGUUUUGGUAGGAGAAGAGAGAGAGAGAGAGAGAGAGAGAGAGAGAAAGAAAAUAAGCGUGAGGGGAGGGAGGAAGAGCAGAAACUCGUGUAAAGACAAAACGGAGACGAAGAGGGUGAGAAAGAGCGUGAGAGGAGAGAAAGAGAGAGAGAGAGAGAGGAGAAGGUCGUGGAGCGAACGAGCGAGAGGGAGAGAUAGAAAAAAAGAGAGAGAGAGAGAGUUCGGGGGAGGGGGACUCUAAGCGCGGAAGGUGCUCGUUCGCGGAUCUUCCGUGACGUAUGUGUGUCGCGGAGGGUUGGCUGAGAGGUCCGUCGCCGCGAGUCGUGUCGCCGCGAGUGCCGUCGUCGUCGCGGCGCGAGUGCGGUUCCCGGUUUCGUCGAUGCGCCGCUGCAGCCCGUUGUUCCUGCAUCACCACGAAACUGACGACGAGCAGCUCGGCUUCGUUCGCGGCAACAACAGGAGGAGAAGAAAUUAGUCCGCCGGCUCUGGCGGAGGUUCGUGUUCGCCGGCAGCGGUGGGGCAAGGAGGCGCCGGAAGCAGCCGCGAGUCCGGAAGCAUAGCGAAGAAGAUGGCCUUCAACGAGCUUAUCAAACAUUAGAUGUAACAUUGAUGGCAACGUCUGGACGACGACGAUGACGAUGACGACGUGUUCGUCUAAUUAACGAUGUUUCCUCAACGUAUAGAAAGAACGAUUAUCGCGUGAACGUGUUUACCAAAGACAAGAAAAGAAAGUACACAAGUAGUGAGCAUGCGAACGAGCGAGCGAAUGAACGAGUGAAUGAACGAGUAAAUGAAAAGUUGGCGUUGCAUUCGUUUCUGAUGCGAAUCAAAUGAUCGGGAUUUCAAAGGACAAAGUAAGACAUGCGUCGAGAAAGGACGACGAUAAGGAUCAAUUGGAUCGUAAUCAUCGGCAAGAAUAUCAGCAAAUUCAACAAUAUCGAGGGAAGGAAAUAGCGACUUAACCAUCGUCAUUUUUUCCUUCCUUCCAUCCAUAUCUAUACCAUUCAUCCCCUUCAUUUUCUUCCACGUUGAAUGAAGGAAGAGAUAGGAAGACGAGAAAAAAAUCGUGCUUAAAGAAAAAACAAAGAAAAAUAGAAAGAAAAAAAAAGAAACGAGGGAAUAGAAGAAAGAAAAUAUGAGAAACGGCGGUCAACCGCAACAGACGGCAGUAAUGGCGCCACCACAUUUGAACGGUUCGGCGCAAUUUAUAUCCGGCGGUUACGUCGGUUAUCUUCCUCGACAAUCCUGGGGCCAGUUUCAACCCUCUCAACAACAACAGCAACAGCAACAUCCGAGAAACGGAGGAAGACCUUUGUCGCAUCCACCACCACCUCCGCCACCCUCUAGAAGAGAGAGCCAAAGAGCCUGCGGCAAUGGUCCUGCCAAUACGAAGAACUCUAAUCCGCAUUCCAGGGGCGGAACGCAUCGCAGUACCACCCCUUCGAAGGUGGACCCCGAGUUGAUAUUUACGAAACAAGAACGCAUUGGUAAGGGUAGCUUCGGUGAGGUUUUCAAAGGUAUCGACAAUAGGACACAACAAGUCGUUGCCAUUAAAAUCAUCGAUCUCGAAGAGGCGGAAGAUGAGAUCGAGGAUAUUCAACAGGAAAUUAUGGUCCUGUCGCAGUGCGACAGUCCAUACGUCACCAAGUACUACGGGUCUUACCUCAAGGGUACGAAACUAUGGAUUAUCAUGGAGUACUUGGGUGGCGGUUCGGCUCUCGACUUGAUGAAGGCCGGCAGCUUCGAAGAAAUGCACAUUGCGGUAAUAUUGCGCGAGGUACUAAAAGGACUGGAUUAUCUUCACAGCGAACGUAAGCUUCAUCGUGACAUAAAAGCGGCGAACGUUUUGCUGAGCGAAAUGGGCGACGUGAAAUUGGCGGAUUUUGGUGUUGCUGGCCAACUUACUAAUACUACGAGCAAACGUAACACUUUCGUCGGUACUCCUUUUUGGAUGGCACCAGAAGUUAUCAAGCAAUCUGCUUAUGAUUCUAAAGCUGACAUUUGGUCCCUCGGCAUUACGGCGAUCGAACUGGCGAAAGGAGAGCCUCCUAAUAGCGAGCUACAUCCCAUGAGGGUCCUUUUCCUCAUACCGAAGAACAAUCCACCUCAGUUAACUGGGAAUUACACGAAACAGUUCAAAGAGUUCGUCGAGGCGUGCUUAAAUAAGGAUCCCGAGAACAGGCCGACGGCGAAGGAGCUUUUAAAGUUCCAGUUUAUAAGGAAAGCGAAGAAGAACUCGUACUUGAUCGACCUGAUCGACAGGUACAAGAAGUGGAAGUCACAACGAAGCGAGGAGUCCGAGACGGAGAGCGAGAAUUCAGACUCGGAGGAAUCUAAGCAAGAUAGCGACAUGGACGAGCCAUGGAUAAUGACGGUGAAGGGUCCACACGGAGUUAAAGGAUCCGUAGUACCUAUGUUGCCACUGGACGAGCAACCUACCUCGUUGACCGUGACUCACACACUGAAUCAUAGGUCUUCGAACCAUAAUCAACAAACGAAACCUCACGCGAAUGGGGCUUCGCGAUCGCCACCUAAGGAAUCGACGUUGAAUCAUUACAGAAGUGAUUCCAGAGACUCCUUACGUGACGGACAAAGCAAGCACACAACGCCGUUGCGACCUCACGAAGCUGCACCACCGCCACCGAUCGACACGCGAGAGAAGAGAGACGAACGAGACUUUCGCGAUUCCAGCAGAGAAUCAACUUUGAGGGAGCCAAAAGAAUUACGUGAUAGCAGGGAAAGGGAUAGGGAUGGAAGAGACAGGGAACGGGAUAGGGAAGGUAGAGAAAGAGGGGACGUUGCUACGAGAGAUAAGAGAAACAGUAAACCGGACGUACCAGUGGUACCAAUGGUCGACCAUAGAUCUGCCGAGGACAAGCAGCAACGACCAAGGAGUUCGCAAGAACUUAAAAACCCAAGAAGUGCUGCUCUCUCGGCUGUCGUCUUGCCACUUCUAUCAGAGCUUCAACGAAAGCACCAGUAUUCCACGCGAGACAAUAACGGCGAAGGUGGAAGUGGCGUUGGAAAGAAUGGUGGCGCGAUAGAAGAACUACGUGGUGCCUUUGAAAUGGCUGAACGUACGUCUCCAGGAAUGACCGAAGCUCUUAUCAGGGAACUUCUUAAAUCGUUGCUUCCGGCCAAUCACUCGGAGGGUCGUCUUUCCAUGCUAAUGGAGAAAGUUAUUUUGAGGGAUACGUAGGGACGCGAGAGGUCGAAGGUUCGCAAGAGAUUGUGGUCCGAAAAUGUCCUGACAUUAUAAUCGUUCGUUACUUCUCUAUUAUCAAGCUUAUUUAUCACUCCGAGCCAGCUCAUCGUUAAACGCCAUUUCCGAACUUGAAGAAAAGCUAUAGCAAGAACGAGGGUCGUCGUGAAUAAUAUACGAGUAUGCGUUUACUUCUCUUUAAACCUUUAACAGCCGAAUUACAACGAAAUCUAUCGAACCUUUAUCUAAACGAAUUAGUCUAAAAAAAAGAAGAAGUAGGAAAGAAAAAAAAGGAAACAAAAAAAAAGAACUCUACGAGAACUUUUAAUCUAUUUUCAACGUGACACUUUUCAACAUUUCUAAUCUAAUGGGUCGCUUUUUUGUGUGUAUAUAUAUAUAUAUGUGUUUGUGUGUGUGUAUACACACAUACAAGCGAAAUACCCUGCUGCCUAGAAUUCUUCGAAAUAGUUCCUAUUCGUGUAAUUACGAAUCUCGUUUACCGAGAGAAAGAAAAAGAAAAAGAGAAAGAGAAACACUUCGUUUAGGAAUUUUUUUAAUGCAUAAUGUAUGAACCUUUUAGAUAAAUUAUUUUCUAUGUUAGAUAAAACGCUUACGAGUGUGGUUACUGCUCUCAUGAAAAACUACUAACCGAGUCCCUCGUGUCUGAUAAAAUAAUAAAAUCUGCCUUUUACUUUCCUAAGUGUAUUACAUAUUGCAUAUUUUAAAACGCAAACGUUAUUACGACGAUCGAUGAUAUCCCAAGAUCCCUAUGCGAAAUAAGACAUUUAAGUAGAAAUAUACAUAUAUAAAUAUAUAUAUGUGUAUAUAUAUAUAUAUAUAUAUAUAUAUAUAUAUAUAUAUAAUACGUAUCUUAAAUAAUAUAUCUUUUUACGACUUUCUUCAUGUUCGGCUCGAAUAAAUUUGCAUACGACGAUAGCACAGCGAGAAUAAUAUUAAAGAACUAUAUGCAGGCUCGGUCAGUGUCCAAUGGAUAGAAAAAAAGGAAGAAAUUCGUUGAUCGCGGAUCUUGCCUCUGUAAUAAAAAUGCAUUCGAAACGUGCACCAGCAAGGUUUAGGAUUAUAAAAAGAAAAGAAAAGAAAAAAGAGAAAAAGAAAGAAAAUAAAAAAGGAAAAAAAGCAAACAAAAAUAAACAAACAAACAAAAUAAAUAUAAACUACUUUUACGUAUAAGUAGGAAAAAAAAAAAAGUAUCCUUACGAUGCGUGCCGGAUACACUUUCGUGCUUUUGUUGAACUUCGAAAGCAACAACAGUGCUUCUCAGAUAAAAUAAUCCGUACACUUUCUUCUUUGGUCGGAUAUUUAUUUAAUCGAAUAGUUUAUAUCAUAUCGAAGAAGAAACGAUUUCUUCGAUUAGCCGUUCACCGGAUGAAUGACAAAUUUUCACCGGAUAUAAAUCGCCUUCCUAUAAGCUUACUCUGCUAGUGCAUGUUUCGGAUUCUUCUUAAGGCAGAGAGAUUUAAAAGGUGAACUCUAGUAAAUUUCUUUACUAGAGAACCAUUGUAAAUAUGUAUGUAGUACCAUAAGAUAGUCUUCUUGUUCUGAUCGAUCUUUUUGCGUAUUGACUCGGUCAUUUGUAGCUCUUGGUUCGGUGAUAUUCCUCUAGUCUAUUAAAAAUGAAAUAAAGAUAAGAGAAACAAAUAUACGAAUCGUUUUACAAAUCGUCUUCGAAUAUCUUCGCUUUCUGUCAUUUGUUCGGAGAUAGCUUGGAUAAAAGAAGAAGAAAAAAAUAAAAAAAGGGAAAAGGCUUUUCUUAAAAACCCAUAUAUCUCGGACUAUGGGAAUGUCCCGAUUCGAUUUUGAGCGGCGAGACGAGGAGAUAUCUGCAAAAUGUCGAUUCUUAAUCCACGUUGUUUGUAAACACUAAUGUAUUUUAUAAAAUAUAUAAUAUAGAAAAAAUUCCUCGUAAGAGAAAAGAGAGAGAGAGAGAGAGAGAGAGAGAGAGAGAGAGAGAGAGAGAGGGCGAUGAAGAGAAAUACAGAAAUAAAGAGCGAAAGCGAAAGAGAGCGAAAGAGAAAAGAUAAAGAGAAAAAAUAAAGGACGAAAAGAUUAUUAAAUGCAAUGACGUAAAGCUCCCUUUCGCUUAGUCGAAAAUGCAAUAUCGCGAAAUUGUACCGCACGAAGUAAGAUCGAAGGAAGGUGUGAGAGGGUGAUAGAGUGAGAGAGAAAGAGUGCGCAAGAAAAAAAAAAGAGAUAUCGAAGGGAAAUUAAAAUGAUAUAACAUACGUAAAUAAAUCUAAUAUCCGAAUAAAUAAUUUAACGAAAUAAAAAUAACAGAUAUAGCGUUUAAUCAGUAGAAGAAAAAAAAGAAAGAAAGAAAGAAAGAAAGAAAGAAAGAAAAGGAGAAAAAGAAGCAGAGUUGAAAGCCAAACGGGUGCAUCUGUCUGUCUGAUCAUUUUCCAAAGUACUACGCGUUUGUCGUUAAAAUUAUAUUUAACAACGCCAACAGGGUGUUUAAAACUUGAGAGUAAAAAAGAAAAGUAAAAAAAAACGAUUAUUAUUAUUAUUAUUAUUAUUAUUAUUAUUAUUAUUAUUAUUAUUAUUAUUAUUAUCAUUAUUAUUACUAUUAUCAUUAUUAUUAUUAAUAUUAUUAUUAUUAUUAUUAUUAUUAUUAUUAUUAUUAUUAUUAUUAUUAUGAUUAUUAUUAUUAUUAUUAACGUUUUCAGAUAUAAAUGACAACACGACAAGAUAUAAAUGAAAUAUAAUAGUAACUUCGAUCUCCACUCUACCACUCCUUUUCUCUUUCCAAUUAUCCUACCAACAAAAUUAAGAUAUAGAAAAUAAUUAAAAAAAAAGGGGGAAGAAAGAUAAGGAAAGAGAGAGAGAGAGAGAGAGAGAGAGAGAGAGAAAGAGAAAGAGAGAGAGAGAGAGAAAAAAUCAGAAUAGGCACGACGCGCACUGUGAGUUUUGAUUACUUAGUCGAAUUUACACCGAUUUAUCGUCGUUAAAUGUUGUUAACGAAUCCAUUACCUACUUAGUAUCGUUUUGCUGUUCGAUUAGCUUUUUGUUGUUGUUUCUUUUUUUUCAAUUAUUUUCUCCUUCCUUCACACACACCUCCAACCAUCUCGUCGCCUGUCCUUUCAUUUUCUCCGACGAUGGUCGCUAUCCCGAUUACUCUCGCAAAGCUGCCAUAAUAACACGCUUACCGGCUACACUACUACCACUACCAAUGUAAAAAAAACGAUGCUCUUCUCAUAGCAUCGUUAUAAACUAUCCCCAUUCCUUCUUCCUAUCCCGUUCAUAUCCACCCUCUCUUUUUAUCUUCCUGUAUUGUUUUUCCUUCCUUUAUUUCAUUUUUUUCUCUUUUCUUUUCUUUCCUUUUUUUUUGAAGCCAACGAAAUAAAAAACGUACGUACGUAUACGUGUGAUCGUAUAUGUGUCCCCGUGUAAAGCGUUCUAUAUAUGUGUACGUGUGUUUUUUUUUAAGUAAAAAAAAUAUAUAAAUCGAAAAUCGUGGAUUAGUGACCAAUCGAUAAAAUUAUCAUCAAUUGUCAUCGUAUAUCCGUUCGCGGAUAUUUCUAUUGCUUCGAAUCUUUUCAAAUAGGAGAAAGGACAGAUCGUUCGUCUCUCCUUGGGGACUUCUCAUCCCUACCCCUCUCCCCUCCCCACCUUUCCCUUCCUAAGAAAUCCCUCACGAGAAACUUGAACACGAGCGCCCAUCGUUUGUAAUCUAUUAAACAUUGUGUAGUAGAUUGUGUGUAUGUGUAUAUGUAUGAAAUUCUCUUUUGAAGAUCGUAAGGGUGGUAAGCGCUCGUGUUACGAACGAUACGAAAGUGGACACGACAAAUUUUGUAAUAUACCUUCUUGAAACGAACAAUUUCGACAUUUCGAUCGAAUUAUUAACUUGCCUGUGACACACCAUAUGUUUUCUCCUUUUUUCUUUGUCCAUUGGAUUAUUAAUGAUUGGACGGUCUUCCGAAUAAGGAUAGAUAAAUAAAGAGAGAGAAGAAAAAAAGAAAAAAAUUUAGCAAGACACGCAAAAUGAUCCGUCGAAUACUUAAGAAAUUAUAAUUUUCUUUUUCUUUUUUUUCUUUCUUUCUUUCUUUCUUUCUUUCUUUCUUCUGCUUCUCUUCUUUUUUGUUUGUUUGUUUUGUAAUCCAUUCGUCGAUCUCUACGAGCGUGCAAAAAUUCUCGCGUGAAGUAUUUAAUUUAAAAGCAAUCCUCGUUGGGAACAAAUUGAAUUUUGUUUUGUUUUCUUUUUUCGAUUUUUAUUUUAUUUUUGUUUUGUUUGUUUCGUUUUUCUUCUUUUUUUUUUCUUUAAUAAUUUUCCAAGAUUUAUUCGCGCCAAGAAGGUCGGUUCAUUCUCUUCUCUGAAUAAUAUUAUUUACAGAGAGUACGGUUUACGAGAAUACAUUGACGCUGUGAUUUUAUUAAUGAUUAACGUAAAAAGUUUGUUACUUUUCCUUUCGAUAAUACGAUUGAGAAAGAAGUGAAAUUUGCAUUUAGUGUUUGACGAAAAUGACGAAAAAACGUAAAUGUGAUCGAUGAAAGGAAAAAGCAGGGGCUGAUCAUGUGAGAAAAAUUGAUGAAAAUUCGUUAAACCGCACCAUAUUCUAUCCGAAUUACGUGUCCUACCGUAUCCAGCACUCGUCUUUGUAUCAUACUCUUAGCUAUUAUUCAUAACAUAUUCAGCGUUAUAACAUCGUGGUAACAAUAAUAACGACGUAGAUAUAUAUAUAUAUAUAUAUAUAUAUAUAUAUACAUAUAUAUAUAUACACACAUAUACAUAUAUAUAUAUUUUUUGUAUUUUACUUCUACCUUGGCUGCAUUGGACUGUAUUAUAUUGAUUGUAUGUGGCAUGCCGAGGGCGUGUACAAAUACGAAAUAAAUAUUAAAUAAAUCAUGAUCGA